CCUGGAUAUGUGAGAGGGAAUGUGCAUGUGCUGAGAGGAGUUGUUGGAGAAAAGCAGGGUCUGAUAAGCCUUGUGGGUGGGGAGAAAGUGGGAUGGAUGCAGGGAGUGGAGGAGGGAAGGAAAUACGGCACUGUGGACUCGAUCAGAUGGUGAGGUACAACGAGGACGGCGGACGGAGAAGAGGUUCCUACUGAAAACAAAGACCACGGCCAUCGACAUCACGACAGUAGAGACAUUUCAUGUGGAAUAGAGACUCUGGGGUAUAAUCAGCUCCACUGACAACUCUGGAUAGUGGAGAGAAGAAGCAGCAGGAAGCCGACAUACCACCACCAAACAGAUAAGGCUUUAGGAGGAAACCCCCAAAGAACACACGCUCCUUCAACUUCACAGAAGGUAUAAGAGCAGGAAAAGUAGUCCUGUUUUUGUUGAGCUGAAGGGACUUUGUUGAAGCGAAAGGAGUGACUGUGUGUCCAGGCCCGACUGGACAGAAGGAGUCUUGAGAAAAGCGGCAACAAUGAACGAGCAGCAAGAGGUGUACCGGGCCCCGCAGCACAACUUCACUACGAGUAUGACUAGUACUCUAGAGAAAGGGGCCCACCACCAGGCCUUAGACCUGUCCGAGGAACUGCCACCGCAUCACCACCACAACAGCCACCACCAGCACCUCCACCAUUCCAACUCACUCGCCUCCACCGCCGCCGUGGGCGGAGGCAGAGAGACACCGUCGCGUGUAGUCGUACCUCCUCCCUAUUCCGCAGCGGAGAGCGGCGGCGGCGGGGGCAGUGAAGGGCCCCUGGAGCUGCGGGGGUCCCUGGACUGCUGGGCCUGCUCCGUGCUGGUGACGGCUCAGAACCUGAUCAUCGCCACAAUCAACGCCUGCCUCGCCGGACUGGUGUUCGGCACCGUCCUGACGCCGGCCAUCGUCAUGGUGGUGUUCGGAUUCCUGUGCCACUCUACGGUCCACCCUCACGGGGCAACCACCUACUGCUCGGACCUGCUGACCGACGGCGGCUGCGUGGCUCUGCUGGUGGUGGGCUUCCUCUUGGUCACCCCGCUGCUGGUCCUCGCGCUGGCCGCCUACUGCCGCCUCGCUCGACACCUCCAGCUGGGCCUGUGCUUCAUCCCGUACAGCCGCGCCGUGUACAAGAACCUGCCAGCCACCCAGCACCGGGGCCUGGGCACCGGCUGCUGUGGAGGCCGAGACGGUGGCGGAAAGGGAAAGGUCUGGGUGUAAGAUAAAUCUGCGAGGAAGGGGGGGGGGGGGGAACUGAACGAGAGAAUAGGGUGGGGGGCGUAUAGGAUGAUAAAAAAGCAAUGUAUGCAAGAAACAGAAAAACUACCAGAGACGUGAGGAAGCCAGCUGAACAUCCUGGAAGACUAGCAGCAUUGUUACAAACGCUGACAUCCCAGGUCUUAUCUUCAGGGCAACCAUCGCUUGUAGAGGGGAAGAAAAAAUACAUGUUGUACUAAUGUAUUUGUCAAGAUAAUUACAAUAAACAAAAUAAAUACUAAAAGGUAUUUGUUGCCAUUAUUCCUCAGGACACCUUCAGUCCGCCAGUAAAGUAGUAGUUAACUAAUUACCUGUUAAUAGAAAUAGGUUGACAUGAUAAUGCUAAGAUGCUGAAUUCAGUCAUAUUCAGAGCCGCUUGUCCUUCAUACUGUGUUGACGGCUGGCAAGAGACAGAGUACACGCUGCAUUAUUCAUCAAACAGAGGGAAUGACUAUGUAAUUCACAAGUUAAUAACCAAAUAAAAUAACCAAACCAAGUCUGACUACCAUUGUAAAAGA